AUGCUCAUAAAAGAACAUUUUGCGGAUGAUCCCAAAGCUAUUGGACCGGCGGAGUGCUCUGGGAAAGGUGGUGUCUAUGUAAAUAAGAGAGUGGGUGACCCAAGGAAGUACCAGGAGCUAGGUGCUGAACUGAGGCCACAGAUCCCCAGGUCACAGCCUCCAGACGAUGCCACCUCAUUCUUUAGACAUGAAGCCGAACUUCUAAGUGCUUCAGGGAUUUUUGUUCAGCCUUUUAAGGGAAGGGGCGUGCGACCGAAGGAUGCAAAGGGCGGGACCGAGUUUGGAGAAGGGGCGGGGGACCCUAACCUGGGGGCUGCUUCCCAGGCCGAGCCACGCCUCCCCUGCUCUGCUGGCCCGGCGCGGACUCUUAUUUUGAAGGUGGCGGGCCGCGGCGCGGCGUCGAGUCUCCCUGAGUCACCCGCGCUCGCUAUAAAGCGCGGUACCUGGGCGGCCGCGCAGCCCCGGAGCCGGACCGCGGGAUCGCGAGCAGCUGGCGGGGCGCGGCCCCGAGAGCGAGUGACUUCCCAAACUGAACCUCAUUCCUACCAAGCUGUGUUUUUGUGGAAGCCAGCAAAGAUGCCAUCCACUCCAUUUCUCUACUCCUUGUUGGCUGGCACAGUGUAAGUAGUUGGCCAGAAAACAGGCAAACCAACUGGAGUGGUUAUAACAAAGCAGGAAACAGAUACUGGGUGAUCUCAACUAAGUAAGAGGCAAAGGAACUGAUUGCAGUGGAUGGGUUGCAGGUAGAGUGAGAAGAUAAAACCAUCUGUACCAGGCCUUGGAGGUGUGUGAGGAUUCAGGAAGGGCACGUGUAAUGGGCUACUCUGGGCUGUGCCAGGCUGUGGGUGCAUGGGCCUGCCUUUCACAGAG